UCCCCCUCAAAAUAAUUUUCUCAGCGCCGGCAUAUGAAUGAGAGAAUAAUUGGAAUCACGAAGGAUGCGCAUUGAUGCGUACGCACCGAAGAUCAUCCACGAAGACCAUCGUUUAAUCGACUCGCUCGCGUGUUCGCGAUUUUUCGAGUAGCGUGGUCGCGUUGUAAUCAGUAAUAAUCCACAGUAGUCAGUAGUGCCGCAAUAGAGUAGUAACAGAGUCAAGCAUCAUCCCGUGAAGAUCUUCGUAACCUCUCUACUGAGUUGUUCUCAUCUUGCCAGCUUGUCGUAAGAGACGUCCGAGCGUAAGAUUUAUAGAGAGUGAGAAUCAUUCGGUCUUAUUUAAAUCGUAAAUCAUAGCUACAAUUAGCUUUUCUCAACCGGCGAUGAGCGACAAUAAGCAGGUAGGUGAAACUCCCAGUAGCGAGGUUGCUAAUCGAUUUCGAAGCUGUAGGGAUCUGAGCGACAUUGUACCGUUGUAUCCGUCACACGCACUUUAUCUGAAACCGCUUGCCAAAGUUAACGUGUCAGUCAGUCUGCCCCAACUGAAGACUCCAGGCAAAACUAUAUCGACAUGGGAGAUAAUGGAGAAGAUACGCGCGCUUAUACUGCCAGACGAAUUCGCAUCCCUAAAAGUGGCCAAGAGCACCUUGGAAUUCAUCCGUUUGGAGGGCGACCUGCGGGACCGAUCCAGGUUGUCAAAAGUGCUGGCCAGGCUGAACUUGCAACAGUUAAAUCUAUCUGGUUUCUCCAAUGUUCUCAAGGUCCGUGCGGCCGAGACGAAGGAUGACUUUCCAACCAAACAUAGCUGGAAUUCAUAUUUUAGAGAUGCAAAACAUAUGAAUGAGUUAAAGGCCGGUGAAAGACCAGACACUAUUCAUAUUACUGGUUUACCAGUUAAAUGGUUUACCGAAGAUAAUACAAAUGUACCGAAUGAGCCACUCAUCACGAAAAUCUUUCAAAAAUGGGGUAAAUUGAGGAAAGUUGACGUGCCUGCAGCGGAUCCUUACAGAUCCAGGAUGCGGCUCGGUAAUAAUAUUCAUAAAUUCAGCUUUGAAGACGGCAUAUUUUUUGACGUGUACGUACAAUAUGUCGAAUACAUGGAUUUUGUCAGGGCGAUGGAUGCUCUGCGCGGCAUGAAGCUGCUGAAGAAGGAUGGUCAGAAUUCAUUAACCGCAACACUAAAAGUUGAUUUUGAUAAGACUAAACAUUUGAGUGACAGUUCGAUAUCACAUCGUGACUUCGAAAGAAAGCGUUUAAUAGCACAAGACAAUUUAGCAGCGGAGAAAAUGAAGAAGAGAGAAGAAAUAGAAAGAAAACGGCAAGAGGAACAAAAAAAAAAGGAAGAAGCGAAUUCAAUAGCGAAAAUAAACCGCCAACGAAACCGGGAAGAAAAACGAAAACGAAAAGCUCUUACGAAGUUUCGUAAGCAAGAAGAGGAUAAAGUUUCUAUGAAGAUUGCAAGAGAAGAACAAAAAUUGAUAAAAGCUCAACGGCAGUUGGAAAGCAUACGUUUAUUAGAUGAACUAUUUGAUAGGAUAAAGACAAAAGUGGAGAAAAAAGAGAUUAAGUUAGAUCAGAACACGGACAAAAAGGGUGAAAACAAAAAUCAAAUAAAUGAAAACAAAGUAGAUUCAGAAAAUGAUAAGAAAAAUAAGGAAAAGCAAAUUAAGAAAACAACGAAGAAAGAAAAAAAGAAAAAGAAAAAGCGGAAAACGCAGAAAAAACGAAAAAAGGGCGAUAACUCUGAUUCAGGCAGUACAACUGAGGAAGAAUUAGAUAAAAAAACAAGUAAGAAAAGACUCAAGAGUGUCUUGAUAAAGAGCGACGGUGCAACUUCGUCUACAGGUGCUAUGGCAAGAAAUCUUCCUUACGAUUAUUCUAAUUCGAUGUCGGUAUUACCAUCGAUGAUACCAUUCCAUACAAUGAGAAUGCCGAGAUAUACGGGAAGACAGAUGAUGCGACCACCAGGAUAUUCUGCAAUGCCACUUCGUCACCCCAUGUUAUCUAUGGGCAGAGGUCGAAGAUUUGUUCCACGAUAUGAGAUGAAUUAUACGCUGACAAAUCCUUAUUUGUAUAAUGGACCAUAUUACGAAUAUUUUACACAUCUAGUCGAGCGAGAUUCGAAGCAGCAGAAAUCGAGAAUGCGUAACCGCCAAAAAUCAACAAGUAGAUCUAUCUCAAGAACGAGGACUAGAUCGGAUUCUAAGAGAAAAUCUAGGAGUAUCUCCAGAUCGUGUAGUAGAAGACGCAGCGGUUCGCGUUCCAAGAGUCGUGAUCGAAGGUCGAAGUCAAGAUCCAGAUUGCGAUCACGCAGAUCAAAAUCGCGAUCGAGAUCACGAUCGCGCAGAUCGAGAUCGCGUUCGCGCAGAUCGAGAUCACGUUCGCGCAAAUCGAGAUCACGAUCGCGCAGAUCGAAAUCGCGAUCGCGCAAAUCAAAAUCACGAACGUAUCGACCAAAGUCUUUGUCGAGAAAUCGUUCCAGGUCGCGCAGUCGUCGAAAAUCGGCAAGUAGAUCUUGCUCGAGAAGAAAAACAAGGUCAAGAUCGAACUCUAACAGACACAAGAAUAACAAAUUGUGCAGUACAUCCAGGUCAAGUUCCAAAACGCGUUGCUCUAGGUCCAGACGAAGUUCACGGUUUAAAAGUCGCUCCAAGUCUUGUAGCAAGAAUCAACGAAAGAGGUCAUCUUCUGUCGUCAAAAAUACACGAGCUAAAUCACAAUCUACAUCACCCAAACGAAGAUCACGCAGUAGUUCCUGGUCUAUGCCAAAGUCACCAGAUCGUAGGAGUUGCUCCUGGUCAAGAACUGCAUCCGCAAAUAAUGUUAAUGAGCAAGAUGUGAACAAGGAAUAUGAAAAACCUGUUGAAGGAACAAAGACGGUGGAAAUGCAAAGUGCAAAAACGAAUUAACUUUUAGUAUUUGAUUUUGUUAAAGCGUGUCAAGAAGAAUUAUGUUUCAAAUAUAUAUACAGCUACAUAAAAAAUAAUCAUACUUUUAUUAUACU